AUGACCCGCGUGCCUAUCCUCGCCUUCACCCAGGGCGAUCCUGCCGGAAUCGGCCCGGAGAUCUUGCUUCGGCUGGUGACCGACAGCCCGGCCCAGAACGCUUACCGUCCCCUGCUAAUCGCUGAACGGGCAGCGCUCGAAGCCCUACGUCCAAGCCUGCCCGAGGUGCCUUGGGAUCGUCUGCGAUUUAUCGAGCGAGCGAGCGCGACCGAGGUCGAGCUGGACGAUGACACCAUCGCCGUAUUGGAGCCAACCGCCGAGCAAGCCGGGGCCGAGCAAGCCAAACAACGCACCGUGGUCCCGGGCCAGCCGACCGCGGCCGACGCCCGCGGCGCCUUGGCGGCACUCGAUACCGGCAUCGAGCUGGCGGCGAGCGGCGUCUGCCAAGCUCUGAUUACCGCGCCGCUCAACAAAGCGACUAUCGCCGAACACGUCGCUCCGAAGUUUCGUGGUCACACCGACUACCUGGCAACCGCGGCGGGCCUCGAGACCUACGGACGUGACUACUUGAUGAGCUUUCUCGCCCCGGAUCUGCGGGUGGCAUUGCUCUCGACCCACAUCUCGCUGGUCGACGCGAUCCGCCACAUCGACCGCUCCUCGGUGCUGGCGGCGCUGCGCUGCCUGGCCCGUCAUACCAACGGCUCGAUCGCCGUCGCCGGGCUCAACCCACACGCCAGCGAGGGCGGAUUGAUGGGCGACGAGGAGCUGGCCGAGAUCGGCCCGGCGAUCGCUGCCGCGCGCCAAGAGGGAAUCGAUGCCAGAGGUCCCGAGAGCCCCGACUCGCUGUUCGCCCGCGCCCGUCAAGGCGAGUUCGACUGGGUACUGGCGCUCUACCACGACCAGGGCCUGAUCGCGGUCAAGACCGCCGCCUUUGGCAGUGCGACCAAUCUGACCUUGGGCUUGCCCUACCUCCGCACCUCGGUAGACCACGGCACCGCUUACGACAUCGCCGGCCAAGGCCGCGCGGAUACCGGCUCGCUGGCGGCCGUAGUCCGUCAGACCACGGGGCUUCUGGCCCUGGACGAACGGCGAAUCUGA